GUAAUGACAUUUGGCUUUUUCCUCUGCUGAUGUCCCAAAAAUAUCUUUUGUUAAAUUUUCAAACUGAACAAUCGCGAGAAAAAUAACCCGAAGGUCUACCUAAAGUCUAGCAUCAACCUUUCAGUCCAUCUGUAGAGAACCCGGCUUCCCACCAGCCCUCGAUUCGCAUUGUGAAGUGCAUUGUUUUCAUUUUCCACCAAAAGUUAAAUUUGUGCGUGAAGUUAGUAGUAAAAAAUUGGUCAUUGAAAAGGGAGGACGCGAAGUUGGUCGGAAGGAAGAUGGCAGGAAAACAAAGGCAAUCGAAUGUAGUCGUUCUUGAAGACAACGAUGACGAAAUGUACACUGAGGUUGUUUAUUUGGACGAUCCUUUGGACGACAAUGUGCAAAGAGACGAGGCCAGUGAAGAUGACGCGGACGAGUUUUAUUGCAGCACGUGUGAAAUCAACAUUUCGUCCGUAGAAGAACACAUUGAGCAGUUUCAUUACGGCGAAAAGAUUGUGGUCGAGGUUCCCGAAUCUCCGAAUCCACUCGAGUUUGUCAAACUUGAACCGGGUAUCGACAUAACUGACGAAGAGGCCGAUGAUACUGAACCGAAGAAGAUUGUUGCUAAAUCUGUUCCAAAAAAAUUAAUUGUUGCGCCGAGUUCAGUUCAACGUCAUAAGUGCAAACAGUGUGCGGCCUCAUUUCCAUCUAUUAAAUCGUUGUCCGCUCACAUGCGUGUACACAAACUCAGCAUUACAGCGAAAGUUGUUAAAGAGUCCAGCUCUGCGCCUCUCAUUAAACAGGAAGUCCCCGUUUCAGUAGAAGAGCCAGAGACAGGGCCAGAGCCACUGCAACAGUGGAUUUGCAACAUCUGUAACACGGAAUUUUCGUCAUUGAAAAGUCUUAAAUUACAUGGACGAAUGCACAAUCCCAUUAAGCAACGAACGUUUGAAGAAACUGCCGGAAACGAAAUGAAAUUUCUUAAAAGCACCACGUCAACGUCAUCGGAAAUGUUUUACUGUAGUCUAUGCGACAAAAGUUACAACGUUUCGUUGAAGGAAAUGCACGAUAAAAUGCAUAGUCGCGCAGAGAAUUUCAUGUGCGUGCAGUGCAACAGACAGUUCACUGACGCCGAACAUUUGGAUCUACAUCUUAGGGCACACAAUGAUGCAAGAGUUAUACAAACCAAAGCUGAGCUUCGGAACAUUCGUCUUCCGUACGCCUGCCAGUACUGCAGUAAGGAAUUUGCAAGACCGCACGAGAAAGUCAAACACGAACGCAUUCAUACGGGGGAGAAGCCAUACUCCUGUGAAGUUUGUGGUAAAACGUUUAGAGUUGCGUACUGUUUAACGCUACACAUGAGAACUCAUACGGAUGCCAGGCCAUUCGUUUGCGCGCAGUGUAACAAAAGAUUCAAGUCGAACUCGGUAUACAAUCAUCACUUGCUAACCCAUUCGAAUGUUCGAGCCUAUCAAUGUCCAUACUGUACGAAGUCAUUCAAGACGUCCGUUCAAUUAUCGGGUCACAAAAACAGCCACACGAAACCCUUCUCUUGCACUGAAUGUAAUCGUCCUUUCGCCACGUUGUAUGCCGUCAAAAUUCAUAUGCAGUCACAUCAAAAGACCAAUCACAGUUUGAAACACGCUUGUGAUAUAUGUGGCGCAACUUAUGCAAGAGGAUUCGCUUUGAAGGACCACAUUAAGGAACAACAUGGUGGAGUCAGUGAAGACAUGGCGCAGGAAGGUGCGUCGGAGGAUAUGAUUUUACCGGAUAUGGAUGAAGAGACUGAAAUGGCUGGUCAGAGCAUACUGCCGGACAACAUCAACGAAGAAGAAAUAACUAUCGGCGAAAUCAACCAAUUCGAAAAUGAGGAAGUGGUCACCGACUGGUUGAACAAGUAAAUACUGCCGAUGAGACUGUUAAGAAUAAGGUGCGUGUAAUGUCACUGAUAGGGAAUAAGUACGGCUCGGCUACAUAAGAUUUUCGAGAGAUUGAAAGUUGAAACAAAAUUGAAUUGCUACUAA